AGAUCAGAUCAUUUGACUUUUAUUUAGAAAAACGAAAAUGCGACCGGAAAAGGGAGCUGAGUGUUAACGUUACAAAUCUGUUUUACUUCCUGACAGGGCUGUUCUCCUGAUCAGUAUCCUACAUGGCGGAUAACAGUGAUUUCCUCUUGCAAUUUCAAGAAUUUGACAGUGCUGAGAGCCAUUUGGGAGGGAACAGAGAUGCGACCACCAUCAGUAUCGAGGACGAAGCAGCAGGAAGUCACAAACCUCAGAAACAGAGGAGAUCUGCCCCGGUGACAUCCUUCGAAGAGGACAAUGACCCAUUGGCCAAUGACGACAAGACUGAGCUGUUGUCUGGGCAGAAGAAAAGUGCUCCUUUCUGGACCUUUGAAUAUUAUCAGACAUUCUUUGACGUAGAGACACACCAGGUGAGAGAGAGAAUCCUAGGGUCGUUAUUGCCAUGGCCAGGGAAGAACUUUGUCCGUCUCUACAUCCGCAGCAACCCUGAUCUUUAUGGUCCCUUCUGGAUCUGUGCUACUCUGGUCUUUGUCAUCGCCAUCUGUGGAAACAUCUCUGACUUCCUGGUUUACCUGGGGAAUCCCCAGUACAAAUACGUCCCAGAGUUCCGGAAAGUGACCAUUGCGGCCACGGCGAUCUACAGCUAUGCGUUGCUGGUUCCCCUGGCCCUGUGGGGCCUGCUGGUCUGGAGGAACGCCAAGGUUAUGAACAUGGUCUCUUACUCAUUCCUGGAGAUCGUCUGUGUCUACGGAUAUUCCCUGGCCGUCUACAUACCUGCUGUGGUAUUGUGGAUCAUCCCGUACGAGACCGUCAGGUGGCUUUCCAUUGUUGUGGCUCUCUGUCUCUCUGGUUCCGUCCUGGUUUUGACCUUCUGGCCCACCGUCCGUGACGACCGGCCCCGGGUUGCCAUAGCAAUCAUGACGGCCAUCGUGGCGCUCCACAUCCUCUUGGCGGUCGGUUGUAAGGCUUACUUCUUCAGUACGUUGGAGGUUGAACACACUGCUGUUGUUGCUGUGGUGGGCAAUGUAACCAAGUCAUCUCCAACCACUGAUACAAUGCCCUGAGGUAGAAUCAAGUUCCCGUGGCGACGGUGUCAUGGUGUUGUCUUCGUUACCGACCUGCUGCACCGACCUUGCCUGGGUGGGUCUUCCUGUUAAAGCCCGUAAAGACACAGUAAUGUGUUACAGCACGACACACACACACAACACACACACACACACACACACACACACACACCUGGGUUGUAAUCAUUAGGGACCAAACGGAAGAAAAUGGACUGAAACAAUAAGAAAGGCAUAUUAGUGUUUUCCGUUGCAAAGCGUUGGACGUUUUUCAUGUGUAUGUACUAAUGAAUACGACCCUGGUCCGAAGACCUGGGUUAUGUACCAAAUGGUACCCUAUUCCCUAUGUAGUGCACUACUUUAGACCAGAGAAUGGCACCCUAUUCCCUAUAUAGUGCAC